AUGUUGCGAACGCUAGUACGAAGAGCACACGUGCACAAGCCAGGUUUUCGAUUCCCGGAUCGUAAGGCGCCCAAAGAGUCGCACACGCCACACCCGCAUCCCGCCGCACCCAGCAGCAUCGUCGAAUCCUUCGACCAUUUCCAAAAGGUCUUUUCGUCCGGCCCCCACUUUCAUCCUGAAAAGCUCCAAUCACAGUCCGGCGACAACAGCGGGAGCAAGGGGAGUGGGCUGUUGGGAGAUGUGGAUAUGCAGGGUAGGGAGGUCGCCGAAGACGUACACCUGCUGCCGGAAAGGUUUUGGAGGACCCCAGCGCUUCAAUUCUCCGAUGAGGAGAUCGAGGCUGUCAUGAGCGGCGGCGCCAACUAG